AUGGCAUCCGCGCCGCUCCGACCGAAUGGCAUCCGCGCCGCUCCGACCGAAUGGCAUCCGCGCCGCUCCGACCGAAUGGCAUCCGCGCCGCUCCGACCGAAUGGCAUCCGCGCCGCUCCGACCGAAUGGCAUCCGCGCCGCUCCGACCGAAUGGCAUCCGCGCCGCUCCGACCGAAUGGCAUCCGCUCCGCUCCGUCCCGUGCUCCCUUCGCCCUUACGGGAGUGCUGCCCUCCUUCCACCACAUCACCCACCUCACAUCGCUAUACAGACUGUCUGCUGCUUACAACUACGUCACAUCCACAGCAGACGCCUUCCCGUUCAACACCACCAGCCCAGACCCAGACGACCCGUCAGGAGGCCACAGCGCGUGCCUCUUCACCCACAACUGCCUUGAGUGGGUCUGCUGCGGCUAUGGGCUGAACCAGAGGCGUGACAGCGAGUGCCGGGCGUUCUGUGGGGUGCAAGUGGGCUUUCAAGUGCAGCCGCUCACAGAGCAGAGGCUUACCUCCCCGUGCAGUGGGCAUGGCAUGUGCUCCUUCGUGCCGGACCCGUCUCACGCCAUGUCUCCUUGUGAUGAAGACGAGGAGUUCUGGCCACCCCACUGUGAACCUGUGGGGCAGUGCACCUGUGAUGAGGGGUACACGACAGGGACUACAGCUGGCACGUGCGUCUCUCGCGAUACCCUGCCGGUGCCUCAAGGUAUGCUUGUGGAUUAA